GCCUGUGUUGUGGGGCUCAACCAGUUCAGUCCCGCCGUGUUGCCAGUACCUUGCUUCCAAACGUAGGCGCUGCUUUUGUAGGGGGUACCAUGGGGGAAGCGGAGAAGUUUCACUACAUCUACAGUUGUGACCUGGACAUCAACGUGCAGCUUAAGAUAGGAAGUUUGGAAGGGAAGAGAGAACAAAAGAGUUACAAAGCUGUUCUAGAAGACCCCAUGUUGAAGUUUUCAGGACUGUACCAAGAGACGUGCUCUGACCUUUAUGUUACUUGUCAAGUUUUUGCAGAAGGGAAGCCUCUGGCCUUGCCAGUGAGAACAUCGUACAAGGCAUUUAGUACAAGAUGGAACUGGAAUGAAUGGCUAAAACUGCCUGUAAAAUACCCUGACCUGCCCAGGAAUGCUCAAGUGGCCCUGACCAUAUGGGAUGUGUACGGACCAGGAAAGGCAGUGCCUGUGGGAGGAACAACCGUUUCACUCUUUGGAAAAUACGGCAUGUUUCGGCAAGGGAUGCAUGACUUAAAAGUCUGGCCUAAUGUAGAAGCAGAUGGAUCAGAACCUACAAAAACUCCUGGCAGAACAAGCAGUACUCUCUCAGAAGAUCAGAUGAGCCGCCUUGCCAAGCUCACCAAAGCUCAUCGACAAGGACACAUGGUGAAAGUAGAUUGGCUGGACAGAUUGACAUUUAGAGAAAUAGAAAUGAUAAAUGAGAGUGAAAAACGAAGUUCUAAUUUCAUGUACUUGAUGGUUGAGUUUCGAUGUGUCAAGAGUGAUGAUAAGGAAUAUGGCAUUGUUUAUUAUGAAAAGGAUGGUGAUGAGUCAUCUCCAAUUUUAACAAGCUUUGAGAUAGUGAAAGUUCCUGACCCUCAGAUGUCUAUGGAGAAUUUAGUUGAGAGUAAACACCACAAGCUUGCCCGGAGUUUGAGAAGUGGACCGUCUGACCACGAUCUCAAACCUAAUGCUGCUACAAGAGAUCAACUAAAUAUUAUUGUGAGCUAUCCACCAACCAAGCAACUUACAUAUGAAGAACAAGAUCUUGUUUGGAAGUUUAGAUACUAUCUUACUAAUCAAGAAAAAGCUUUGACAAAAUUCUUGAAAUGUGUUAAUUGGGAUCUACCUCAGGAGGCCAAACAGGCAUUGGAACUUCUGGGAAAAUGGAAGCCAAUGGAUGUAGAAGAUUCCUUGGAGCUGUUAUCCUCCCAUUACACCAAUCCAACAGUGAGGCGUUAUGCUGUUGCCCGGUUGCGACAGGCAGAUGAUGAGGAUUUGUUGAUGUACCUAUUACAGCUGGUCCAGGCUCUCAAAUAUGAAAACUUUGAUGACAUAAAGAAUGGAUUAGAACCUACCAAGAAGGAUAGUCAGGGUUCAGUGUCAGAGAGUGUGUCAAAUUCUGGAAUAAAUUCUGCAGAAAUAGAAAGCUCCCAAAUUAUAACCAGUCCCCUUCCUCCAGUGUCUUCCCCUCCUCCUGCCUCUAAAACAAAAGAAGGUUCAGAUGGUGAAAAUCUGGAGCAAGAUCUCUGUACCUUCUUGAUAUCAAGAGCCUGCAAAAACUCAACUCUGGCUAAUUAUUUAUACUGGUAUGUGAUAGUGGAAUGUGAAGAUCAGGAUACUCAGCAGAGAGAUCCAAAGACCCAUGAGAUGUACUUGAAUGUAAUGAGACGGUUCAGCCAAGCAUUACUGAAGGGUGAUAAGUCUGUCAGAGUUAUGCGUUCUUUGCUGGCUGCCCAACAGACAUUUGUAGAUCGGCUGGUACAUCUAAUGAAGGCAGUGCAGCGUGAAAGCGGAAAUCGUAAGAAAAAGAAUGAAAGACUACAGGCUUUGCUUGGUGAUAAUGAAAAGAUGAACUUGUCAGAUGUGGAACUUAUCCCAUUGCCUUUAGAACCCCAAGUGAAAAUUAGAGGAAUAAUCCCAGAAACAGCCACAUUAUUUAAGAGUGCUCUUAUGCCUGCACAGUUGUUCUUUAAGACAGAAGAUGGAGGCAAAUAUCCAGUUAUAUUUAAGCAUGGAGACGAUUUACGCCAAGAUCAACUUAUUCUUCAAAUCAUUUCACUCAUGGACAAGCUGCUACGGAAAGAAAAUCUGGAUUUGAAGUUGACACCCUAUAAAGUAUUAGCCACUAGUACAAAACAUGGCUUCAUGCAGUUUAUUCAGUCAGUUCCUGUUGCUGAAGUUCUUGAUACAGAAGGAAGCAUUCAGAACUUUUUUAGAAAAUAUGCACCAAGUGAGAAUGGGCCAAAUGGGAUCAGUGCUGAGGUUAUGGACACUUAUGUUAAAAGCUGUGCUGGUUAUUGUGUGAUUACAUAUAUACUUGGAGUUGGAGACAGGCACCUGGAUAACCUUUUGCUCACAAAAACAGGCAAACUGUUCCACAUAGACUUUGGAUAUAUUUUGGGUCGGGAUCCGAAGCCUCUUCCUCCUCCCAUGAAGCUGAAUAAAGAAAUGGUGGAAGGAAUGGGUGGCACCCAGAGUGAGCAGUACCAGGAGUUCCGGAAACAGUGUUACACAGCUUUUCUCCACCUUCGAAGGUAUUCUAAUCUGAUUUUGAACUUGUUUUCCUUGAUGGUAGAUGCCAACAUUCCAGAUAUUGCUCUUGAACCAGAUAAAACUGUGAAAAAGGUUCAGGAUAAAUUCCGUCUAGACCUGUCCGAUGAAGAGGCAGUGCAUUACAUGCAGAGUCUGAUUGAUGAAAGUGUCCACGCUCUGUUUGCUGCAGUGGUAGAACAGAUUCACAAGUUUGCCCAGUACUGGAGAAAAUGAAACUGGGUUUGGCCCAUCAAGAUGUUUAGCUCCGUAAGGAAACUACUUUAGAAGCAACCUGUGUAUAAGGAAGACUUCAGAGUGACAAGCAAGGAAGAGAACAUUUAAUCUUCAAGAUGCCAUCUCUCCUAAAUGUUCCAUGGUGCCUGAAUUCCCUUUCCUUGGAUGUCAUUGCUUAAAUAUGGUCUUGAAGGGUUUGUUUUGAAAUAUUGUAUAUAUUUAUUUUCAAAUGUACACAUUGUUAAUAAGCUAAGAAGUGAGAAGCUUAUUCCAGGAUCAUGUACAUAUUAUGAGAGUUCGGGAGGAAUUUUAUGUUGAAAUAGUAAAACAUUUAGUCUAAGUUUGAAACGCCUUUUUUCCCUCAUCUUUACAUCAAGAGUAGUUACAUGAAUUUGGAGUAACUAUCUCAGUUUAGAAGCUUUUUUGUUUUGUCUCUCUCUCUUUCCUUCCUUCCCCCCUCCCUCCAGAUUUUUUUUUUUGGGGGGCCUAAUCUACGAUACUUAAAGUUUUACAUGUUAUGUCUCAUUCUUUUAUAGUUAGGGAAUUGUAUAUACUUCAAAGAAGACAGUCAUUUUCUGUUACUUAUAAA